GGCACGUGACCCCAAAACAUGCUGCAGAAUUCACAAUUUUUUUUUUCGUUUUUGCUGGCAAAAAACGCUAAAUAAAAAUUGGCAACCGGUAAACCUCACUAGUAAAUCAGGGAUAGCAACCAAUACAAUAUAUUCAUCAUACUUCGAGCAACUUGCUUGACUGGUGAAAAUAUAUAAGAGUCUCCUCAUUUCUCGAAUAUCGAUAUAGAUUACUCAAUUCAAAACGAAACAAAUCAAUUCAAUUGACUAAUUGACUUAAUAUAAUAAUUGACUAGAAAACUAUAAUCAAUCAUGGGAUUCGCUGAUAAACUUCAAAACAAAUUCGGCAAAAACGAAGUCGAAAACUUAGAUAAACAAGGUGGUAAAGCCAUUGGUAAGGAUAAUCUUUCUGGUGAAGUCCAAAAACAAUAUAAGGAUGGUAACUUGAACAAGGAAAAUGCUGCUAAAUACGCCAACGAAGUUGACAAGAAAGGUGGUCAAUACGUUGGCCGUGAAAACUUGUCUGGAACCGAAGGUGGUAUUGGUGACAAAAUCACCGGGGGUGGAAAGUCCAGUGGUGCUGGAGGUAAAUCAUCUUCUGGUACUGGCUCUGGCUCUGGCUCUGGCUCUGGUGCAGGUGCUGCUGCCGGUGCAGGUGCCGGUGGUGCAGCUUUAGGUGGUGCCGGUGCCUACGGUGCCUCCAAGUCUGGCUCUGGUUCUGGUUCUGGUGCUGGUACCGAUUCUUAUGGCUCCUCAGGUAAGGAUGCUUAUGGCUCCUCAGGUAAGGAUGCUUAUGGCUCCUCAGGUAAAGAUGCCUAUGGAUCCUCAGGCAAAGAUGCCUAUGGCUCCUCAGGCAAAGAUGCCUAUGGCUCCUCAGGCAAAGAUGUCUAUGGCUCCUCAGGUAAAGAUGCCUAUGGCUCCUCAGGUAAAGAUGCCUAUGGCUCCUCAGGUAAAGAUGCCUAUGGCUCCUCAGGUAAAGACUCCCAAGGUACUACCUCCUCCCACGGUAAAGAUGCCUUCUCUCAAGGUAAAGAUGCAUACAGCCAAGGUCAAUCUGGCCACUCUAAAGAAGCUGCCGGUGCAGGUAUUGGUGCUGCUGGUGCCGGUGCUGCUGCUUAUGGUGCUCAUAAACACGGUGGAAAAUCUAAUACCGAUUCUUACGGUAAAGACUCUACCACCGGUGGAGACUCUUCUUACGGUUACGGUUCAGGUCAAGAAUCUAAAGGUACUUCUGGUGGUGCCUAUGGUUCAUCUAGUGGUGCUUAUGGUUCUGGUGCUGGUGCUGGUUCUGGUUCUCACGACACUAGAAGCGGUGCUGCUGGCCUUGGUGGUUUCUCCACUGGUAAUGAUAAGUUAGAUUCUAAGAUUUCAAGCUUAGAACCUGACGUUCAAGAACAAGCCAAAGAAGCUUUCCAUAAAGGUUACAAAGAUGCUCAAUCUGCUUUCAGAACAUAGAUUGACUUAAUGUGG